AGUGGUCAGGAAGAGGGUGAGUGGAGUGAUUAGAGGUUGGGAGUCCAGGGAAGGACUUCCUCUGGGUCCUGAGGAAGCAGGGACUGGGGAGGACUGUGGGGGACCAGAGAGUCCUCGGGAAGGACCAGAGGCUGUGUUCACAGGAUGCUUGGGCACCGGACAGAGCCGGCUUCCAGAUGACAUUACUUGCUGCCUGGAGUAUGAGUGAGGGCCUGAUGCUCACUCUGCCCUCCAUUGCUCCACCCCCUACUUAGGUCAAUAUUUAUGUGUCCUGGACCUAGAGAGGCCCCUGGCCUCACCACUGUCCCAGCUCUACUCUCCCUGUCCCGCCUUCCCCGCCGCCCGCCCCACCGGCCAGUCCCCACGCCCACACACCAGAGGCUGCCUCAUCUGGCACUGAUUAUCCUGCUGCUCCUGCCGAGGCUGCUAAACUCAGCUGCUGCCUCUGUCUCAAGGACCCCAGCGCCUCUCCCCCCAAGCCAUGCUGCCUGCUGCCACAGCCUCCCUCUUGGGGCCCCUCCUCACUGCCUGGGCCCUGCUGCCUUUCGCCCAGGGCCAGACCCCCAACUACACCAGACCCGUGUUCCUGUGCGGAGGGGAUGUGACUGGGGAGUCAGGUUACGUGGCAAGUGAGGGUUUCCCCAACCUCUACCCCCCCAAUAAGGAGUGCAUCUGGACAAUAACGGUCCCUGAGGGCCAGACUGUAUCCCUCUCCUUCCGUGUCUUUGACCUGGAGCUGCACCCUGCCUGCCGUUACGAUGCUCUGGAGGUCUUUGCCGGGUCGGGAACCUCGGGCCAGCGGCUCGGUCGCUUCUGCGGGACCUUCCGACCGGCGCCCUUAGUCGCCCCCGGCAACCAGGUGACCCUGAGGAUGACGGCGGACGAGGGCACGGGAGGACGCGGCUUCCUGCUCUGGUACAGCGGGCGGGCCACCUCGGGCACUGAGCACCAGUUUUGCGGGGGGCGGCUGGAGAAGGCCCAGGGAACCCUGACCACGCCCAACUGGCCCGAGUCCGAUUACCCCCCGGGCAUCAGCUGUUCCUGGCACAUCAUCGCGCCCCCGGACCAGGUGAUCUCGCUGACCUUCGGGAAGUUUGACCUGGAGAGCGACACCUACUGCCGCUACGACUCGGUCAGCGUGUUCAACGGGGCCGUGAGCGACGACGCCAAGAGGCUGGGGAAGUUCUGCGGCGACACAGCCCCGGGUCCCAUCUCCUCCGAAGGGAAUGAGCUCCUCGUCCAGUUCGUCUCGGACCUCAGCGUCACAGCCGACGGCUUCUCGGCCUCGUAUAGGACCCUGCCGAGGGGCGCCGCCAAAGAAGGGCCGGCCCAGAGUCCGGGGGAGGACGCCCGGCCCGGUCCUCCGCUCCUCGGCCCCGGCCCCAAGCCUGGAGCCGGCCCCAAAGUGAAGCCCAAACUCCCACCUGCGGAGAAACCGAAGGCCUCGCCUGAGGCCAAGGCAACACUAGUGGGUCCCGAUGCACCAGCUGUCCCCUGCCCGAAGCAGUGCCGGCGGACAGGCACCUUGCAGAGCAAUUUCUGUGCCAGCAACCUGGUGGUAACAGCAACAGUGAAGUCCAUGGUUCGGGGCCCAGGGGAGGGCCUCACUGUCACUGUCAGUCUCAUUGGUGCUUAUAAAACUGGAGGCCUGGACCUGCCCUCUCCACCCACUGACACCCCCCUGAAGUUUUACGUGCCCUGCAAACAGUGCCCCCCCAUGAAGAAAGGAGCCAGUUAUCUGCUGAUGGGCCAGGUGGAGGAGAACAGAGGUCCCGUCCUUCCUCCAGAGAGCUUCGUGGUUCUCUACCGGCCCAACCAGGACCAGAUCCUCACCAACAUCAGCAAGAGGUGCCCCUCCUAGCCUGUUCAGGCUGCUGGGUCCCAGGCCUGAGACCCGGGCCAGCCUCCAAGCCCCUGACCCAAGGAACUCUUUCUUAUCCAAAUAAAUGUUUCUUGACUGAG